AUGGAGAUUAACGGAAAAGUGAUCGGAGAGAGGAGGUCGAAGACCAAGAUCGUAUGCACUUUGGGGCCAGCGUCCCGGUCCGUGCCCAUGGUCGAAAAGCUCCUUCGUGCUGGGAUGAAUGUAGCCCGAUUCAAUUUCUCUCACGGAUCCCAUGAUUAUCACCAGGAGACCCUAAACAAUCUCCGCAAGGCCAUGGAGAACACCGGUAUCCUCUGCGCCGUCAUGCUCGACACUAAGGGUCCAGAAAUCAGAACAGGCUUCUUGAAAGAAGGAAAACCCGUCCAACUGAAACAGGGCCAUGAAAUCACAAUUUCCACUGAUUAUAGUUUCAAGGGUGAUGAGAAUAUGAUCUGCAUGAGCUACAAAAAGUUGGCAAUGGAUGUAAAGCCUGGAAGUGUAAUACUAUGUGCAGAUGGAACAAUCUCAUUUAAUGUUUUAUCUUGUGACAAAGAACAAGGCUUAGUUCGGUGCCGCUGUGAGAAUACUGCAGUCCUUGGUGAGAGAAAGAAUGUCAACCUGCCAGGGGUUAUCGUGGAUCUCCCAACUUUGACAGAUAAAGACAAGGAAGAUAUCUUAAACUGGGGAGUUCCUAAUAAAAUUGACAUGAUUGCUCUCUCAUUUGUUCGCAAAGGUUCGGAUCUGGUGGAGGUCCGAAAGUUGCUGGGUGAACAUGCCAAAAACAUCCUUCUUAUGUCAAAGGUUGAAAAUCAAGAAGGGGUGGCAAAUUUUGAUGACAUUCUCGCCAACUCAGAUGCAUUCAUGGUGGCACGAGGUGAUCUGGGGAUGGAAAUUCCUAUUGAGAAGAUAUUUUUAGCUCAGAAGGUGAUGAUAUACAAGUGCAAUAUCCAAGGGAAGCCUGUUGUCACUGCAACACAGAUGUUGGAGUCCAUGAUCAAGUCUCCAAGACCAACUCGAGCAGAAGCCACAGAUGUUGCCAAUGCUGUUCUUGAUGGAACAGACUGUGUGAUGCUCAGCGGGGAAACAGCUGCUGGAGCUUAUCCAGAACUUGCAGUUCGUACCAUGUCCAAGAUUUGUGUAGAAGCUGAGAGUACAAUUGACUAUGGUGAUGCCUUCAAAAGGAUUAUGGCUAAUGCACCAGUCCCUAUGAGCCCGUUAGAGAGCCUAGCAUCUUCUGCAGUUCGAACAGCAUACUCAGCAAAAGCUGCUCUUAUUUUGGUCUUAACAAGAGGUGGAAGUACUGCAAAAUUGGUGGCUAAGUACCGGCCCGGAAUGCCAAUAUUGUCUGUUGUGGUUCCUGAAAUCAAAAUCAAGACUGAUUCCUUCGAUUGGUCUUGUAGUGAUGAGUACCCUGCUAGGCACAGCCUUAUUUACAGGGGGUUGGUUCCUGUCCUGUGUGCAGGAUCUGCAAGGGCUUCUCAUGAAGAAUCAACUGAGGAAGCACUGGAAUUCGCACUUGAACAUGCUAAAUCGAAAGGACUCUGCAAGGUGGGGGAUGCUGUUGUAGCCUUGCACCGAAUUGGAACUGCAUCCAUCAUCAAGAUUGUGACCGUGAAGUGA